AUGGCUGCCGGAGUCAACUUCCGGCGGGGGGGCGGCCGUGGCGGAGGGGCGCCAUGCCGGCUAAGGCGGGCGACGGGCAGCGGCAGAGCCAAAGUGGACCUUCAGGAGGAAAGGCAGCACCUACCGAGGCCUGCUAAAGCUGUAUCUAAAAAACGGGAUGAAGAUGCGUCCACUGACGUGGGAGAGGGGGCGGAUGAGUGGACAGCAGUAAAGACUCUGGUCAAACCCCCAGAUCAACUGGAGUUGACUGAAGCUGAAUUAAAAGAGGAAUUUACACGUGUUCUGACAGCUAAUAAUCCCCAUGCUCCCCAGAAUAUUGUCAGAUACAGCUUUAAAGAACGAGCAUACAAGCCAAUAGGCUAUGUAGAUCAAACAGCCAUUCACUUCUCUUUGAAUGGAAACCUGAUCCUCAAAGAUUCAGAUGAAGGCAGACGACAGAGUAUGAGAUCUGCUGUAUCAGAAAAAGCUUCUCUUGAGACUUCUGCAGUAAUAUCUGAAGAGACAGAGAUUAAAGAUGAAGAAGGUACAGAAGAUACUCAGGCUGCAGGAGAAGAAGAGGCAGAGGAGGCAGGAACAGCAGAAGAAGCCGAAGCAGCAGAGGCAGAAGAGCCUCCUCCCCCAAGAGUGAAGGAGCAGAAGCUUGCAAACCAGUUCAACUUCAUUGAGAGAGCUUCAAAGACACUCAACAACCCUUUGAGGGAAAGAGCAUGUCAAUCGGAGCCUACGCCUUGUAAAAACUUUUCAGCCACUGCUAACCAGUGGGAAAUCUAUGAUGCUUAUGUGGAGGAGCUUCAGAAAAUGGAAAAGUCAAAAGAGAAAGAAAAAACAAAAGCUCAGAUAGCAAAGAAAGAAGAGAAGAAGAAGGGAAGAAAGUUAACUUCUCUGGAAUCACAGAGUGAUGAUAUAACCAAGAUCUCAAAGGCUGCUAAAAUAAUGGAGCGAAUGGUGAAUCAGAACAUAUUUGAUGACAUUGCACAAGAUUUUAAAUAUUUUGAGGAUGCCUCCGAUGAAUACAGGGACCAGGGAGGAACCCUCCUCCCUCUCUGGAAGUUCCAGUAUGACAAAACCAAGAGACUUGCAGUUACUGCCAUCUCCUGGAAUCCAAAGUACAAGGACCUAUUUGCAGUGGGAUACGGCUCUUAUGACUUCAUGAAGCAGAGCCAUGGCAUGCUCCUGCUCUACACCAUGAAGAACCCCUCUUUCCCAGAGUAUGUCUUCAGCAGUGAGAGUGGCAUCAUGUGCCUGGACAUCCACAAUGACCACCCCUACCUCGUGGCAGUGGGCUUCUAUGACGGCAAUGUGGCCAUCUACAACCUGAAGAAGGCAACCUCCCAGCCCAGCUACAAGAGUAGUGCUAAGUCAGGAAAGCACACAGAUCCAGUGUGGCAGGUCAAGUGGCAGAAGGAUGACAUGGACAACAAUUUGAACUUCUUCUCUGUCUCCUCGGAUGGACGGAUUGUGUCGUGGACUUUAGUUAAGAAUGAGCUGGUUCAUACAGAUGUCAUCAAACUGUCAGCAGAGGGAACAACGAUGCAGGGGCCAGAGGGGCUGCAGCUGCAAACGCUUGGCUGCGGGACAUCGUUUGAUUUUCACAAAAAGAUAGACUAUUUGUUUCUUGUUGGUACUGAAGAGGGAAAGAUCUAUAAGUGUUCAAAAUGCUAUUCGAGCCAGUUUCUGGAUGUGUUUGAAGCCCAUCACAUGGCCGUGGAUUCAGUCAGCUGGAAUCCCUACCACUUGAAAGUCUUCAUUUCCUGCAGCUCUGACUGGACAGUCAAGAUCUGGGAUCACACCAUCAAGACUCCGAUGUUUAUUUAUGACCUGCAUUCUGCUGUAGGGGACGUUGUCUGGUCCCCUUACUCCUCCACGGUCUUUGCUGCAGUCACCACUGAUGGCAAGGCCCAUGUGUUUGAUCUGAGCAUUAAUAAGUAUGAAGCUCUAUGCACCCAGGUAGUGGUGGCCAAGAAGAAAAAUAAAAUAACCCAUAUCCAGUUUAACCCUGUGUACCCUGUUGUCAUCAUUGGAGAUGAGAGAGGCCACAUCACCUGCUUGAAGCUCUCUCCCAAUCUGCGUAAGAUGCCCAAGGAGAAGAAAGGCCAGGAGGUGAAGAAGGGCCCGGAGGUGGAAAUCGCGAAGAUGGACAAGCUGCUGAACCUGGUGAGAGAGCCGGAUGGCACAGCCGGGAAGUGAGCAGUGGGAGCGACGGCUGUGCCAGGCCCCGCGGGCCGGCGAACAAGCCCUGCUUUGACCAGCGGCUGCUUGGCAUGCGAGCCGUGGGCCCCGCUCCGCCUGCUCUUUGCAGAGCGGGAGCACUUCGUCUCUGUGCCCAGACAAAUAAAGAGUCGCUGAAAGGC